GACCUGCACGUGUCACGUGAUGCCCGGCCCGGAAGCGCUAGCCCUGAGACCCCCGAGUGACCGGGUCAGGGGCUGUAGUUUCGAGUGAUCGUGGAGGUCGCAGGGGUCCCUGUAGUGUCGUGCUCCCCUCCUCCGCCGUCAUGGCCUGGACCAAGUACCAGCUGUUCCUGGCCGGGCUUAUGCUCGUCACCGGCUCCAUCAACACGCUCUCAGCAAAGUGGGCAGACAACUUCGUGGCCCAGGGCUGCGGCGGAAGCAAGGAGCACAGCUUCCAGCAUCCCUUCCUCCAGGCCGUGGGCAUGUUUCUGGGGGAGUUCUCCUGCCUGGCUGCCUUCUACCUUCUCCGGUGCAGAGCUGCGAGGCUCCCAGAUGCCAGCGUGGAUCUCCAGCAGCCCUUCAACCCCCUUCUUUUUCUGCCCCCAGCCCUCUGCGACAUGACUGGGACCAGCAUCAUGUAUGUGGCCCUGAACAUGACCAGUGCCUCCAGUUUCCAGAUGCUGCGCGGAGCGGUGAUCAUAUUCACAGGCCUGUUCUCAGUGGCCUUCCUGGGGCGGAGGCUGGUGCUGAGCCAGUGGCUGGGCAUCCUCACGACCAUCGCAGGGCUGGUGGUGGUGGGCCUGGCUGACCUCCUGAGCAAGCAUGACGACCAGCACAAGCUCAGCGAAGUGAUCACAGGGGACCUGCUGAUCAUCAUGGCCCAGGUCAUCGUCGCCAUCCAGAUGGUACUAGAGGAGAAGUUCGUCUACAAGCACAACGUGCACCCCCUGCGGGCCGUCGGCACUGAGGGCCUCUUUGGCUUCGUGAUCCUGUCCCUGCUGCUGGUGCCCAUGUACUACAUCCCUGCCGGCUCCUUCAGCGGAAACCCUCGAGGGACCCUGGAGGAUGCUCUGGACGCCUUCUGCCAAGUGGGCCGGCAGCCGCUCAUUGCCCUGGCGCUGCUGGGCAACAUCAGCAGCAUCGCCUUCUUCAACUUUGCGGGCAUCAGCGUCACCAAGGAGCUGAGUGCCACCACCCGCAUGGUGCUGGACAGCCUGCGGACCGUCGUCAUCUGGGCACUCAGCCUGGCUCUGGGCUGGGAGGCCUUCCACUCGCUGCAGAUCCUCGGCUUCCUCAUCCUCCUGACGGGCACCGCCCUCUACAACGGGCUGCACCGCCCGCUGCUGGCCCGCCUGUCCCGAGGUCGGCCCCUGGCAGAUGAGGGUGAGCAAGAAAGACUGCUUGAUGCCUCUCGGACUCCCAUCAACGACACCAGCUGAGCCUUCUGUGGGGCCUCUGCUGCCACCUGGAUGUACUGUGUUCACCCUGCGGCUGAGGACACACAGGCUAGUGAGCCUCAAGAUCCCCGUCCCCAAGGUCUCAUCCUGCCGCUUCCCACAGACCCCAGGACAGCUGCCAUCACAGAAGAUGAUGGACACCCAAGUCCUCCUUUGUCACACCUCCUGCAGAAAGGCCUUACCCAGACCCCAUGGGCCUGAGUGCAGUGACCGACCCCACCAAGCUCCCUGCAGUCCCCUGUCCCCAGGCCCCUCCGGCAGCACUAGAGCAAAAUCACAAAGUGGAAUUGCAGGGACUAAUAACCCCAAGAAUUUCUAAAUCAAGCCAAAAUGGAUUCUCCAAAAAAGAGAGGUCACUGAGCAAAUUCGAA